AGUCUACCUUGUUUUAUUGGGUGAGUGGGCGAGUGGCGGGUGAUGACUGAUGAGCAGCGAAGUUGCUCCGUAUAACAUUCUAUCAAGAGGAUAACCAGUAAAAAUGGGGGAUUUAUACGCCCUUGAUUUCGAUGGUGUUCUGUGCGAUAGUUGUGGUGAGAGCUCGCUCUCUGCUCUCAAGGCCGCCAAAGUUCGAUGGCCAACUCUAUUCAACGGCGUUGACUCAGCAAUGGAAGACUGGAUAGUUGACCAAAUGCACACUGUGCGACCUGUGGUUGAAACAGGAUAUGAAAAUUUGUUGCUUGUGAGGUUGCUGCUGGAGAUCAAAAUUCCUUCCCUCCGUAAAUCUCCAGUCGCAGUUGGGCUCACCAUUGAAGGCAUACUCGAGAACUGGCCAAAGCUAAAACCAGUUAUUAUGGAAGCAUGGGAUGAGAAGGAGAACAGGGAGGCCUUAAUAGAUCUUUUUGGGAAGGUUAGAGAUGAAUGGAUUGAGAAGGAUUUGGUUACAUGGAUUGGUGCAAAUAGACUGUAUCCUGGUGUUUCAGAUGCUCUAAGAUUUACAAGCUCAAAGAUAUACAUAGUUACCACAAAACAGAGCCGAUUUGCAGAUGCUCUGCUGCGAGAGCUUGCUGGUGUGACUAUACCACCCGAAAGAAUAUAUGGACUUGGGUCUGGCCCGAAGGUGGAAGUGCUCAAGAUGCUUCAGAAACAACCAGAACAUCAGGGACUUGCUCUGCACUUUGUGGAGGACAGACUUGCUACACUAAAAAAUGUCAUCAAGGAGCCAGAGUUGGAUGGCUGGAACUUGUAUCUAGGUGACUGGGGCUAUAACACCCAAAAAGAAAGGGAAGAAGCUGCGAGUAUCCCCAGAAUUCACAUGCUUGAGCUGUCUGAAUUCAGUAAGAAGCUAAAAUAGAUUCACAAUUUGUUUUAAUGUUUUUACCCAUUCUCCUGUUGAGUAUGAAUUCUUUACGUAAACAUAUUCUUAAUUGUACUACACAAUUGCUUCUUUUAUUGUAAUUCCAAAUCACAUAUAUUGCUGCUGUUAUAUUUUAUAGUAACGACUGAACUUUGAUUCUGCUAA